AUGGUUAAACUGGGGAAUAAUUUCAGCGAGAAAAACAAUGGGAAGGGGGCCUCUGAAGAUGGAUUUGACACCAUCCCCCUCAUCACACCUCUUGAUGCCAGCCAGCUUCAUUUUCCUCCACCGGACAAGGUGGUGGUGAAGACAAAGGCUGACUAUGACGGCGAAAGCAAGAGGGGCAAAAUUAGAUCCCCUAAAAUCGCUGAGUUCUCAAUAAGCAUCAUUGAAGGCGUGUCUGAGCGACUCAAAGUGACCUUGCUGGUGAUUUGUGCCCUGGCCUUUUUAGUGUGCGUGGUGUUCCUGGUGGUCUACAAGGUCUACCAAUACGAGCAGCCAUGCCCUGACAGUUUUGUCUACACGCAAGGUCGCUGCAUGCCGGUCGGGCUGUAUGGCGGAAACUUCCCUCAUCAGGGUCCGGGGGGCCGUGGGCGCCUCUUCACCCUCAUCAACCACUACAACAUCGCCAAACAGACCAUCACGCGUUCAGUUUCACCGUGGAUGACCAUCAUGUCUGAAGAGAAGGUCACCCAGCAGGAGACGGAGACGGCUCAGAAGCUGGCUUGA